AUGAGCACAUCCAAAUCGUCCGGCAAUGGCGUCACCGCCCUCAUCGCGGCCUCCACGCCGGCCAAAAGCAGUAGCACAGCCGACAGCAAGAAGAAGACGUUCGCUUCCCCUUCCUUCCUAUCACCAGAACCGGCGCAGAAGCCCCACAGCAAGCUCACGUUGAGCGGUCAGCCGACACGCAAGAUCAAGCCCCUCAAGCGCGUGCAGGGGCUCUCUACGCCGUCCUCACAGCUUAAGGCGCAGGACAUGAAGAGCAGGAAGUUCGGUCUUAAGGCUAAGCACAAGAAGAGCCUUCAUAAGGCUGUACGUGUGCUUGAGGACAUCUCCAACCGCAGAAACACCGACAAACCGUCGUCCGGGCUGUCCACGACCGUCAGUCUUGAUCCUACCAGGAAAUUGGAGUUCCCCACUCCAGUCAAGCACAGCAGCGACAAGAAGAAGACGCGCGAAGAGCCUGUAGAGAGCAGUAGCUCCUCGUCCAGCUCGGAAGAAGAAGAUGAAGGGUACUCCAGUGACGAGGCCGAGGUUACCUUCGAUGCCGCCACGAUCGGCAACAUGCGAGUCGUACGAGAGUCUCUAUCGCAAAGCCCCGCCCUGUCCACAACCAGCAGCGCGUCCAUGCCGCCUGUGGGUCUCGAGUAUCAGUUCUCCGUCUCCUCGACCGUCUCGUCCGUCGCGGUGGCUCCGAACGGCAAGUUCCUGGUCGUAGGCUUCUACAAUGGGAUGGUGUAUCUCUACCCUCUCACUAAGGACUCUCUCGUCUUCCGUCGUGGCGUCCUAUUGGACCAAAUCAUGCCGCGAGGCAUGUACACGCAGAUCAUGGUGACUGUAGCUAUCCCAGAGGACGGGAAAUUCAUCUUCGCCGGCGUCUACCGCGGCUCCACCGAGAUCCGCGCGUUCGAAGUGGACAGCAUCGCUCUCCCGUCGUCCACAGACGUGCAGCAGGCGCACAAGACGCAGGUUUUGACCGCAGACGACAGUGGAGACGAAGACGCCGCCAACGCCUUUGGGCAGCCGUCCGCCAAGGCCGUUUCUCACACGUACUCGGACGCCAAACUCAAGGGCUUUGCUGCAGCCAAGAGUUUGUACCACAAAGGCAGCCAGAAGACGGAAUACCGGUUACUCUGCGGUAUCGGGAUCAAGAACGUGCACAUGUGGCGCUUCCACCAGACGAGUGACUUACAGUGGCGCUGGGAGUGCGUGUUCGACAAGCAGACGAACGGCAUCUCGCUGGAGUUCAUCUCAUUCCACCCCACCGUUCGUGACCAGUUUCUGUCCAAGUCGGAGCACCAGAACGUGCGCAUCUGGCACCUGGAGGAAGACUUUGACGCGGCACACAACUCGGUGACGGUCCGUAAGAAAUCGCACACUGACGUCAAGCAGACGGUCGAUACGGUGGCGGUGUAUGGAGACUACGCGUACGGAGGCAGCGAAUCCCUCGCGGUGAUCGAUCUCCAGUCGGCUAGUCGCAUGGAUCUGGGCCUGCCGCUGUCUGUUAAGGAGCAACGCGCGCACCGUGAAGCUCAACUGACGUCCAGACACGCGAACUCGCUACGUGCGUGGAACCCGCGCGGGAGUCGGCGACGCACGGAAGACACGCAGCGCCACAUGCGGACGGUGAGUAAAGUCGCGGGACAGGAUAAGGCACCCUUUACGGUGGGCAUGUGCAGCGACGGCAGUGUGUUCUUGCAUCAGCCCAAGCAGGAGACCGGCAUGGCUACACCUCUGGAUUAUAUUGAAGGCUACGAGCAGUUCUUCGUGGACCCGUCGCUGGACUUCCAGGCGCAGUUCUCGGACCUCACGCGAGUCAACACGAGCGGCUUAUUGGCGGUGCUUCCUCUUCCGGACAAGGAAAAGUGGAUGGUCGUGGCAGCGAAUCAGGACCAGCUUCUCGUACGCAGCUUGGACUCGUUCUUACACCGUAAUAUGCAGGAUAAGGAGCACUCACAGGUUAAGAGCGAUUUACGGAGUAUCGUGCGGGAUCUCGGAGGCCGCAGCAAGACGUCGACCAGCUCCGCGUCUCCGGUGGUAUCCAUCUCGUCGUCCUCCGGCUCGUCGAACCCGAACACCCCUGAACAGCUCAAGCUGUCUAGAGUGGAGCGACAGCUACUGGCGUUGAAGGAACUGCAGUGGACUCCCCCUCGGACGGACAACCAGGAAGAAGUCGCAGAUGCAGCGGCGUUGCUGACGCAGCUCAGUUCCAGCAGCAACGCGGCUAAGAAGGGCGGGAAGAAGACUCACCGCAUGAAAGCGCAAGCGUUGUUCGCCGACAUGGACAGCGCCGGAGACGCAGAGGUGGCGACGGAGCAGAAGGCGGCGACACCGAAGCCUGCAGCUAUCAAGCGCGGCCGAAAGACGUCGCCUCGUGUCGAGGAAGAGACUGUUGCUCAAGAGCCAGAGAAAGAGACACAUGCUGAGCCCAAGACCACUGAGGAAGAGGCCGCGCUAGACGAGGAGCUGGAGCAGCUGGAGCAGUACGAGCCAGAGUUCGUGUCCGUGCCUUUCCUGAGUGACGAGGGCUCGCUCUUGGCUGCGACCAUGUACCAGUACACGUCGACUACGGCCACCACUGCCGACGCCGACGACGCUAAAGCUGACUGCGCUGCUGCGACUAUCGAACAGGUUAACCUGCUUCUGCAGUUUUCGCACCAGAACGAGCGCCUCAAGAUGAACUUCCUGGCCGAGCGCGAACGCAUCUACAAGCAUCCGGACUGCAGCUGCGCGUCGCACGCCAAGAAAUCCUCGAGCGCUGCUUCGGGCGUCAACUGGCGUCGGAACGUGGCGCACGACUAUCUCAAGCGCAAACAGCUUAAGCGACGACAUAAAAAGCAGCUGGCGGCCAAGCUGCAGCAACUCCACGCCAGUUACGCAGCGCAGAUCCAGGAGCUGUACGCGAUGCAGCAGAUGCAGGCCAACGCCCUCCGUGCGCGUCAACAGUUCCAGCACCUGCACACGCAGCUCCGCCACAACACGCCGUCGUCCCCGUCCACCGUCGCGUCCCCCAUUAAACACUCAGCCAUGCCCGACCAUCUCUCCAGUGCUGUCUUUCCUUAUCCUGAUCUCUUAUCCUGAGUGCACUAAAUAGUGAUAAAACACUCUUUUUGAUGUCAUGUACAUGUAGUACAUGUAUUACA